AUGCCCCAACAAAUUCAUUGGACUUCGUUUGGUAUCCCAUAUGUGGUCGAGUUCAACAACGUAUCGUUCGCGCCUCGUAAAACCGCAUCUCCUUCAGAAGAUACACUCACGACCUUUCCUCCACCAGAGAAUUCUGCUUCUGUCUCGGAGCAAUCUCUGACCUACUCAUGCCCAUCUGCCACGAGCUCGACAUCUUCUUUUUGUCAUAUCUCGCAAUGUAUGCUGGAAUCCCCACUACAGACUCGCUCAUCUAUCUCGCGCCUUACAUCCUUAUCUCGUUCCGCGCCUGGCAUGCGGUCAGCGUCUUCAUUCUUCAAGCGCAAACACCAGAAAUCUCAUCCAAGCACACGCAAACCUUGCUCUACAAGCCAAAAUGCAUCCAACAACCCAAUCGACACGUGGUGUUGUAUACCCGCCCACGUUCCGAAACCCCUUCCCCCCGUGCCUCAGCAAGAGCCUGAAGGCAUCCAUGUGGACGGGCUCCACAUACAAUUUGCCACGCCCUCAUACGAUCCGCGUGCAUCAUGCCGAAGCCGAAUUGUGCGUCUGCAAAAGACGAUUACUAGCGCAGUUGUCGAGGCAGGCAUGGAUACUCCCUCCUCACUCGAGGAGCAGACGGAUGUCUCAACAAACGUUCCUGGCCAUCAUACUCGCGACGCACUGUUCCGCGGGACAUAUGGCCAGGUCAUGGUCGCUCUCAAAGCAGCAGGCCUUGUUGCGACGCCAUGUAUGGAGGGCGAUAUUGCAGGUGGUGCGCAAUCACGCCAUAUGAACAUCUCUCUUUUGUCUCAUUUAUCAUUAGCUACGCGUUUGGGCGCGCUUUUUGUUGCACAUAGAUCCUCAGAGGAGCGGAAUGUACAGCUAAGAAAGUUGACACUAUGGGGCUAA